AUGCACCUCGCUCGCCGGAUCUUGGCGGAUGACACUGACGACGAGGACAAUCGGAGGCUUGCGUGGGAAGUCGCUCGUGGGGAUUUUCGCAACGCCAUUGAGAUCUUUGCGGCUCACGAGUCGCUCGACAACAGCGUGCAGUACGACCUGCUGGAAGUGGCGCGCAUUGCCGCUCGCGGUCCCCAGGCUGGUGUGGUGCCGACAUGCAAGCAACUGCGGCCUCAGCUCGAUUACUGGUUUCCCGAGCGGCCAUGGAUUUGUGUGUGGGGCGCAGCGGCAUCCACCGCGCCAUUCAUCGUGUUCAAGCAGCGGAUGGCGAUGAAGAUUUUUGUAAGCACCCACAACGAAACACCGUGUGAGCCUUUACAUGCACUCAGCUCCUCCCUUGCGACUGCUUUCAGUGUACCUCGGCUAUUGCCGCUGGCAACCCCCCUCCCUGGGACCUUCCCGCGCUCUCAGAUCAGGAGACCGAGCCUUCAACGAGGCCGAGGACUCCCUGCACGGAGCGUGUCGUCGCGGCUUGCAUUUCGAUGACGAUCUUCUGCGGCAGCUCCUCAGCAAGUGGCUGAGUCUGGUGGCGCCGCUCUUCCCCGACAUGGAGACGGCCGUGGGGAUGGCCAACAAUAUCGAAUGCUCCUCUUUUCUGAGCAUGAGCCACCCGCUAAGCAAGAGGGGCACCAGGCGCAUGGCCUUCCGCGUCAAUGACAUCAUGGAUCUCGUCGUGGUCCAGUGGCCCAAGACAGCGGCCUCCCAGCCGCUCCGCAGCUCUCUCACGGCACCAAGCGGCCUCUCGGAAGUCUUCAAGCCGACGGCAGACCUCCCUAGGCGCCUCACUGUCAGCGGCCUAUCCAUCCGGCUUCAACCGGAGCUUGUCGAUCCGCCUGAAAUGCUCUCCGCAGAGGCUGCUGCGGAAGCAAUGGUGUCGCUUGAAAAUCGCAAGGACUCGUCGUCGUGGAAGAGGGUUGUGCUGCGAGACUUGAGCCGCAUGCCUGAGAUGGACUAUCUGUGUGUGGGGAUGUGGAGGCACCGGAAGAUCCCCUUUGCAUCGAGCUUGCCGACAGUGGUGAUGGAAGCCAAGAGCUCAGUACGUUGCAACGUUGGCACAGACACACAGGGAAGGAGUGCAGUGGUGGACAAACUAUCGUCGCCGUGUGUUGCCCUGUGUGCGUGUGCCUUUGUAGUCGCUGCUGGUGGGGGUGCGCGAGAGGCUCAGAAGCCUUCCUAUUGUGGACCCCAUCCUCUCUGCAUCAGUCGAUGUCCUCCAGCAAGCCCUCGUCGCCGCUGCCGCAAGCAUCAAGGAUCGCUUCCCCCCGCCCACCUCUCCCGACGAGCAGCACAGAUACAUGGAGCGGGUGAUGCACCGCUGGUACGACAACGUCACCCUCGGCAAGACGCCACUGGCCAGUGAGCUUGCAAUGUUGGUCGUCGACCAGCCCCUGAGAGCAGAGAGUCUGUCGAUUUCCUCGAAGGGUUGGGUGAGCAGCUUUCGGCUGCCCGAGUGGCGAGGGCUGCGCUUCAUAUGCAUCCGGUUCGCCAAGGGGGUGCUCGAGGAGCCAGAGGACGAGUCGAGAGACGCUCAGGAGGCGGGAGAGGGAGAAGGUGAUGCGCCUGAGGAGCCAACGCUGGAGGACUUCGUCGAGGAUGCUCCGCCGUCGCCACAGCUGCGUCGCACCGAGAUGAAGGAGCGGCUGCUGAAGGUCAAGGAGCAGCGAGACAAAAAGAAGAGGCGGCAGGCUCGACAGGAGGCCAAGCAGAAGACGCCCACGGCGGCCGAGUCGGCUUGUCAACAGAAGAAAGUCGACGCUAGGAUGGCGGCUCUCAUCAAGGAGGAGGAGGAGGCACAGAAAAAGGCGGCCGACAAGAAGCCCGACAAGAAGAGGGGCGAGAGCGCCAAGGGGCAGCCCGCCACAGCGGCCAACAGCAGCCAGCCGAGUGCAUCUGACCAGCAGGAGGAUCAGCCAGGUCCCAGUGUAUCUGUCAGUGACGAGCAGCCUGACGAGGACAGCGACGCCCUCCUGCUGGCGUCGGCCUUUGGCAGGCGGGCUAUCGACAGCCACAAACAGCCCACCAAGCCCAAAGAGGAGAAGUGCCAUGCCCCAAGGCCCGGCCCGCUGCCCAGGCCAGCAAGGCCUCCCGUCCACCCUUCCCUCCAGCCCACAAGACAGCUACUCUGCCCUCGGCUGACAAGACGGUCGGCCGGCAAUCUCCGGCCUCGGCCAAGGGAGGUCGCGAUGGGAUGUCAUUCGCCGACCAAGCACCGCGUCAACUGCCGAUCAGACGCCCACUCCACCUGGUGCACCGCCCCUCUUGUUUAA